CCGCGGGCAGCGGCAGGCGGGCGGCAGCUCCUCCUUCUCCUUCUUCUCUUCCUCCUCCUCCCUCCGCGCCGGGGUGCGCUGCGCGGCCGCCCCGCGUGUACGAUGGACUGGGAGGUGCUGACCAGAGAGAUCUCCCUCUACCUGGAGAGCCAGGUCCGCGUGGGGCUUUUCGGCUCCGGCGUGGGCUUGUCCCUGGUGCUGGGCUUCGGCGUCGCCUACGCCUGCUACUACCUCAGCAGCAUCGCCAAGAAACCCCAGCUGGUGGCCAGCAAUGACCAUUUCUGCCGCUUUCUUGAGGAAUAUUGCCCUGUUGUGACUGAAACUUACUAUCCCACCAUUUGGUGCUGGGAAGGUCGGGUGCAGACACUCCUGCGUCCCUUUAUCACCUCUAGACCCCAAGUACGGUACAGGAAUGAGCUCAUUAAAACAGCAGAUGGAGGACAGAUUUCGUUGGAUUGGUUUGAUAAUAAUGACAGCUUAUAUUAUCCGGAUGCCAGCACAAGACCCACUGUCCUGUUACUGCCUGGCCUGACAGGAACGAGCAAGGAAUCCUACAUUCUUCAUAUGAUCCAUCAAAGCGAAACCCUGGGAUAUAGAUGCGUGGUUUUUAACAAUCGGGGAAUUGCUGGUGAGGAUCUUCUGACACCAAGGACUUACUGUGCAUCUAACACAGAGGAUUUAGAGGCCGUUAUUCAUCAUGUACACAGCUUGCACCCCUCAGCUCCGUUCAUGGCAGCCGGUGUUUCUAUGGGAGGCAUGCUUCUUUUAAAUUACCUGGGCAAAACUGGCAGAGACACUCCUUUAAUGGCAGCUGCAAUUUUCUCUGCGGGUUGGAAUGUUUUUGAAUCUGUAGAAUCUCUGGAGAAGCCACUAAACUGGCUUCUUUUCAACUAUUACUUGACUACUUGUCUACAAUCCUCUAUCAGCAGGCAUCGACAAAUGUUGGAGAAAUUAUUUGAUAUGGAUCUUGUGAUGAAGGCUAGAACUGUUAGAGAAUUUGAUAAGCAGUUCACUUCAGUCAUGUUUGGCUAUCGUACAAUUGAUGACUACUAUGAAGAUGCUAGCCCAUGUCGCAAGCUGAAGUCAGUAGGAAUUCCAGUGUUAUGUCUAAACUCUGUGGAUGAUGUUUUCUCACCAGGUCAUGCUAUACCAGUAGAAACUGCCAAACAAAAUGCAAACGUUGCUUUGGUUCUGACUUCGUGCGGAGGCCAUAUUGGUUUUCUGGAAGGAAUAUGGCCAAGGAAGUGCACUUACAUGGACAGAGUCUUCAAGCAGUUUGUGCAAGCUAUGUUUGAGCAUGGAAAUAAAAUCUUUAGCAUGUAGCUUUGGACCACUAUUAUAGCACAGUGGCACAUUCUGACAAGGGCAGUUAAGCUUAAUGCACAAAUUUUAACUCGUGUAAGCCAGCAAAUGGAUAAAGUCCAUUACUACAUGCAAAAAUAUUUUUUGCCUAAAAUUUUGUAGCAAGAAACUAAAUAUUAUGUUGUCACUUUUAUAUUUAUUUUUAAUAUGCCUUACUAAGAAUGAUCCUAAAUGAAACAGCAUUCUGCAUACAUCAAACUGCACUUAACCAAAACCAUCAAGUAAACAGAUUAUAAUUCCUCAGGAUUUUAAUUUAAACCAGUAAAUAUUUAGGAGACUUAAUUUAGAUGGCUUUUAAUAUGAGAAUGGCAACACUCAAAAUAGCAUAUAUUACCCUGUCACACACAGUAAGAAGUUGGCCCACUCCUUAGGGCACUGAUAGUGAAAAUUUUAAAAUGUGAAAACAAAAGGAGGGAACACAAAGAAGCACUGGUUCUUCACAUAAGUAAAAAUUUCAGCAUGUUAUUCCAUAGCAUUAGAUUGAUAACCACUUUUGCUGUUCUACCCUGAGAGUAUUCAGAUUUAGGGCUAGUUAUUGUUUUUUAAACUAUGUCAAUGCCAUACUUGUCUUAUGUGAUUAUUUUUUAAACAGCUAAUUUAUAGUGUUUACAUAUAACCAAAAGAUUCCUUUAAAACAGUACUGUAAUAACUUAUGUAAUUAAAAGACAUCUUGCAUUUCAAUGUUCAUGUAAAGCCGGGUGUUAUCAUAUAUGUAAUACAUACUUCAUAUAACUGGUAAACUCGAUGAUUCUAUCUGUUAUGUUUAUACUGCCCCACAAGAACAUUUCAGUUUUAAAGAACAGACAUUAGAACAUCAGGAAAUUAUGAUAUGAUCUGCUUUAAAUUAAAAAAAAAAAUAAUCCAAGCCUUUUGUCUCUGCUAUUGUUUCAGAUAAUUUCUAAAAAGAAUGUAACAAACCGUUUAAAGAAAGCUGGCAGCUGGGGUGGGGCCAGAGCCCCAUCUCUCUGGUUCAUUUAUUUGAUCAUUUGUCAGCACUUUGGCAAUAGGUUGUCAAAUCAUUGAAGCCUUCGCAAAGUGAUUUCCGCCCUAGCAGCUUACAAGUUUGUGAGGCUGCCUGAGGUGUCACUGUUCUCCUCAGCCCUGAAACAGGGUGAGAGCCAACACGGACCUUUAAGUAAAAAAGACAGUUGGACAGAAGGUACUGUGAAACUGUUGGGAAGUCCUGAUUUUGGGCAUCCUGAAAUUAAAAAAAGGCUUUUAAGCAGUUUCUCUGGAGCUCCCACCUUGUGCUGAUCACUGAUUCGGGCCCAGACACACAAGAUAAGUCAGUAAAAAUGCCUUUGCAUUUUUCUCUUUUGAGCGGGGUCAGUACAAGAAGAAAAUGUGGAUGAAAAAGCAAGUCAGGUCUUUUGUCUCAAGCAGUACGUGAACAGUCCUCUUGCAAGGCAUGUUUCCUAGUAACAGCAAAAGAAGAACAAAAAUACUUCUUGUCUUCAGAAAAAGAAAUUGGGACAUGCUCUACAAAAGCUAGUUUUGUAAGGUGGAAGGUUAAAUUAAAAAAUUAGAAAGCGCUUUCAAGUUUUGACUUUUCAGACAAGCAUUACCCCUUGCCCAAAUAACUUAUUUUUUCUCUAAUAAGGAAAAUGAGAAGAGUGAUUUGUGAAAGCAAAAUGAAAUUUUGUGCAUGUUACUACCAUACAUGAAAUCAGCGUAUUAGUAGGGUGCCUUAUGUAUUCUUACAUUCAUUUCCAGUUUUUAUGUUCAUACAAAACCAAUGAGCAAUAAACAGUGUAUUGAGCAUUAUAUUGUUAAAAUUGUUUGGGUACAGUACUGUUCAAAACUCAGCAUCAAGUAUUAAUAAAAAUAAAACCACUUACAUUAAAAGCACACCUGCCUGUUUAAAUAAAAGUAACAUGAUGGCAGAAUUUCUGUCUCUCUGCACUGCCUUAUUUCAUUUAGGUCUAAUCCCAUAUACAAAUCCCCAUGAAACAUUCCUCUUUAAAGCUAUGUCUAGCAAAUGUCUACAAAGUUGUUUUUUUCCCCCCAAAUGUAGAGUGUUCUUCCUUACACCCCAUUAGGGAAAAUGCAUUGUUCAAAGCACAGUGUCCAAAGUGGCAACAAUCAAAUUUUACUAUGGAUAUCUUCAAGCUUUCCCAAUCAGAUUUUCUGAAACAUAUAAUGUAGACACCUCGGUUCUUGGAGGGGACACACAAGCUAGCAAGAAGUGCCAUAAACAUUUUUGCUAUGCAAUAUCUUUGUACCUUGCACACAGUUUCACCAGUGAGCCAAAAUCCAGAAUUUUCCCUCUAUUCAAAACAGUGUGAAUUCAUAGGGUCUUUAUUUGGCUUUACAUGCGAUUGAAGUAUCCAGACAGCAACAGGGAUAUGAAAUGUUGGAGGUGGGAGAAAAUUGUUAGUUAUCAAUGUAGUCAUUACUGGAAAGAUGGAGUAUAAUGAAAAUGAAAUUCCAAGUCACAAAGGUUGCAGACACUUCUUAAAGAAAACUUUCUUCCUAGUUCAGAAUCACACAGUAGUUGAAGUUGGAGGGGACCUCUAGAGAUUGUCUAGUCCAAUCCCUCUGCUCAAAACAGGACAUAUUACAUACGUGCUCCAGAACAUCCACCUCUUCUCAAUUUGCUCUUGGGAGUCAAGGCAAGGUACUGUUCUUUUUAUCUAUGAGGCCUUUGGUCACCCAAGAGCCAUCUGUGACCUUAGCUGUCUUAGUACCAGAUCAUAAAGACCAAGAUUUUAAGUUGUAAUUUAUUAUGUCAACUCUUGGCAAACAGAAAAACUGAAAAUUUCAAACAGAAAAAUAUGGUUCUAUGAAUGCAGAGAAACUAACCCAUGGUAUAUAUUUCACA